AUGAGCAAUUUUCGGCAAGUCCUAGUAGAGAUUGGGGAGUUCGGGUUAUUUCAGAAACUUUUACUGGUUUCAGUAUGCAUCCCAAACGUUUUUACUGCCAUGGACGUAUUUUGCCAGGUAUUCACGGGCUUGAAUUUCCCGCAUCACUGUGAUACUGGCUGGAUUUUGGCCCGCGGCUCAAACUUGACAUAUGAGCGACAAAAAAAUCUCACCCUCCCUGUGAACAAGGAUGGAGAGUUUGAAAGCUGUUUCAUGUUCACACCUGUGGAUUUGGAUUUGGAAACCAUUGAAUUAUAUGGGAUUAACAGCACCACAAAGUGUGUAGAUGGAUGGGAUUAUGAGAAACCCGAGGGAGCCUCCAGCAUUGUGACAGAGUUUAAUCUGGUGUGUGACAGGCGUAGUUUCCAGGAAACAUCACAGUCCAUCUACAUGGCAGGUGUUGUGGUUGGAGCGCUGGUGUUUGGGGUAAUGGCUGACAGAUUUGGUCGACGCUUUGUUAUCCUCCUUUCCAUCCUCCUCGAGCUAUUAUUUGGUGUGGGUGCUGCUUUUUCACCCAACAUCUACAUUUACAUGUUUGUCAGAUUUGUAAGUGCCGCCACAACUUCUGGCAUAGUAAUGAAUGCAUUUGUGUUAGGGGCAGAGUGGACAGAUUCCUCUGGGGUUGCUCUCUUCACCUGUGUCCCCUUCAUUUUCUUCACUUUUGGACUGAUGAUGGUAUCAGGUGUCGCCUAUUUGAUCCGCAGCUGGAGGAUCCUGCAGCUGGUGCUCUUCAGCCCUCUACUCCUGCUCCUGGCAGUUUUGUACUGGAUUCUCCCAGAGUCAGCUCGCUGGCUGAUGACCCAGGGCAGGAAGGAAGACUUGAAGAGGGAGAUCCGGAGGGCAGCCAGGGUGAAUGGGAGGAAGGUGCCAGAGGCUCUGCUGGAACAGCUGCAGAUUGAGGGUACCUCCAAGAAAGGAAGCAUGUUGGACAUCUUCAGGAUAUCAUAUCUGAGAAAACGUGCUCUCAUACUGAACUGUGUCUGGGCUGGAUCAGUUACAGUGUACUAUGGACUGAGCCUGAAUGUUGGUGACUUUGGCCUGGAUAUCUACCUCACACAGCUCAUCUUUGGUGUCGUAGAAAUUCCUGCAUACUUCAUCACUUUGGCUCUUCUUCGGCAUCUUGGGAGGAGAAUAUAUCAAUCAGGGACCUCAGUGAUUGCAGGCUGUAUGUGCCUUGCAAUCCCGGCUAUUCCAAAUGAUCUUCCUGUAGUGAUAACAGUCCUGGCAGUGCUGGGGAAGUUUGCUGCCACUGCCAUGUUCGCCACGGUCUAUAUUUAUAGUGCAGAACUGUAUCCUACCAUUGUGAGGCAAAACGGUAUUGGUCUGAACUCAAUGUGUGGUCGUGUGAUGGGCAUCCUCGCCCCUCUGAUCGUACUCCUGGAUGUCUACCAUCACUCCAUCCCCAUGCUGUUUUAUGGCACCAUCCCCUUGGCUGCUGGGGGUCUCUGCUUGUUUCUGCCUGAGACCCUCAAUGUUGGACUCCAGGACCACGCCGAGCCCAUGUGA